AUGUCGAGCGCAUCACCAUUGCCCCAGCCAACGAAGAACGUGGUUCUCGACACCACUUCCCUCCCCGCCUCUUCCUCAGCAUCAGUAUGGGAUCGCAUCUCAAAAUGGGUGUCGGAGAACAAGGCUCUGGUCUACACCAUCGCCGGUGUCGCUGUGGUUGUAACUAGCGCGGGUGUCGUCUACUACCUCUCCGAUUCCGGUCGCCCUACCACGACUGCCGCCCCCACAGAAAAAAAGAAGAGCAAGAGCCAGAGACGGAAGGAGAAGAAGCAGGCCGAGGAGGAAAAGAAGGCCAAGGCGGCCUCUGUCCAGGAGGAGCCGGCUGCCAAGAAGACAGAAGAGCCUUCCGAUGAGAUUCCUGAAGUUGACGAGACUACUGUUGAGCAGUUGUCCGAGGAGACAAGAAAGGCCUACGCUGCCAAGCUGAAGGCUGCUGGAAACAAGGCAUAUGGCUCCAAGGACUAUAACCGAGCCAUUGAACUGUACGGCAAGGCCAUUAUUUGCAAGCCCGAUCCCGUCUUUUACUCCAACCGUGCUGCCUGCUACAACGUUUUGUCCGAGUGGGAGAAGGUCGUCGAGGACACCAGCGCCGCUCUCGCCAUGGACAGCGAAUACGUCAAGGCCCUGAACCGCCGCGCUAUCGCAUAUGAGCACCUCGAGCAGUACAGCGAGGCUCUUCUCGACUUCACCGCCAGCUGCAUUAUCGACGGUUUCUCCAACGAGAUCAGCCGCGUCGCCCUUGAGAGACUCCUGAAGAAGGUUGCUGAGAAGAAGGGCAAGGAUAUCCUCGAGGCCAAGGGCAAGAAGCUGCCUAGCCCCACUUUCGUGUCCAACUACCUUCAGAGCUUCCGCCCCAGGCCUCUUCCGGAAGGUCUCGACGAGUCCGCCGACCUGAGCGAAGAGUCUGGUAAGGGCCUUCUGCGCAAGGGUCUGAUUGCCAUGGCCAAGAAGACUGGGGAUGGCUACGAGGAGGCUGCUACAUCCUUCGAGAAAGCCCUCGAAGUUGGCGAUCUCGGUGACUUCGAAGCCUUGGCCCUCAACAUGAGAGCUACUUUCACUUACCUAGUCGGCAAUGCCCAGGCUGCGCUGCUGGACCUCAACAAGAGUGUUGAGCUGCAGCCCUCUCUGGUGCAGAGCUACAUCAAGCGUGCCAGCUUGCACCUGGAACUCGGAAACAAGGAUGCUGCCGCCGAUGACUUCGAACUAGCCAUUACCCACAACAAGGACGACCCUGAUAUCUACUACCACCGCGCCCAGCUCCACUUCAUCCUUGGUGAGUUCGCCGAGGCCGCUAAGGAUUACCAGAAGUCCAUCGAUCUCGACCGUACCUUCAUCUACUCGCACAUCCAGCUUGGUGUCACUCAGUACAAGAUGGGAUCUGUCGCUUCCGCCAUGGCCACCUUCCGCAGAUCCGUGAAAAACUUCGAGGAUGUUCCGGAUGUCUACAACUACUACGGUGAACUUCUCCUUGACCAGCAGAACUUCCAGGAGGCCAUCGAGAAGUUCGACAAGGCCGUCGAGAUGGAGAAGCAGAGCAAGCCCAUGGGUAUCAAUGUCCUGCCUCUCAUCAACAAGGCUCUUGCGCUGUUCCAGUGGAAGCAUGACUUCCAGGAGGCCGAGAACCUCUGCCAGAAGGCCCUGAUUAUUGACCCCGAGUGCGACAUUGCCGUGGGUACCAUGGCUCAGCUGCUGUUGCAGCAGGGCAAGGUCUCCCAAGCCCUCAAGUACUUCGAGCGCGCUGCUGAGCUCGCUCGUACGGAGGCCGAGAUCAUCAACGCUAUCUCCUACGCCGAGGCCACUCGCACGCAGCUGGAGGUGCAAGAGAAGUACCCCCAACUUGCAGCCCGUUUGCAAGGCAUGAGUGCCGGAGGUGGCUUCGGCGCUCCCGGUCUGUAA